GUGUAACAUUUUCCUAUUGUCUGCUAUACAUUGUGGGUUGUUCUAUGGCCUAUAUGUCCCCAACUGGCAAUUCAGUGUGUCCCAGUCAACUGGAAGCACUAUUUAUGAGGUAAAAUGUUCUGUUAGAGGAUAUCUUAGACCCGCAUGAAAUUCUGCUGGAAUGAUUGGUUGCUAUAUUCUUGGCAUAGAUCACCUCUAUGCAAAACCUGUAUAUAGAAAUAUGAAGAUAACUUUAUACUGAACUGCACCGCUGACAGGCUUAUGUCCAGACCUCACAGUUUUCCCCUUCAUGACCAAUAUUGAUCUUUCACAGGAAUGCAAUGGAUCCAACAGUGACAGUUUCUGAGAGUAUGCUCUCUUGGUGUCAUGCUGAUUUUGAUCCUGAAGGCAUUGUGAGGAUGCCCCUUGUGAAGCAAUAGGAGUGUGAUUAAAAGUAAUACUUUGCAAGGGAAUCUGUUUCAUAUUAUUGAAACUAUCAUUCCAAUCUGCAGUGAUCAAUAUCCUGUCAAUUCUUGAAGCAGCUUCACGGAGGCCCCCCUUGAACCAUGUGUAUUUUGCAUCUUCUAAGUGCAGCCUACAAUUAGGGUUUGUUAAUUGGUUCACAAGUCUCCUUCAAAGAUGAUCAUUUUGAGGAGCUUCGACGGAGAGAGCUUUGAGGUCGAUGAGACGGUGGCGCUAGAAUCGGAGACGAUUAAACAUAUGAUUGAGGAUGACUGCGCUAACAACACCAUCCCUGUACCCAAUGUUACUGGCAAGAUCUUAGCCAUGGUCAUCAAAUACUGCAAGCGCCAUGUGGAGGUUUCUAAAGCUGAAGAUAACACUUCUAAAGAGGACCUGAAGACUUUCGAUGUUGAAUUCGUCAAAGUUGAUCAAAGCACCCUUUUCAAUCUCAUACUGGCUGCCAACUAUUUAAAAAUAAAGAGCCUGAUUGACCUGACAUGUCAGACAGUUGCUGACAUGAUCAAAGGGAAGACCCCUGAAGAGAUUCGUAACUUACUUAACAUCAAGAACGACUUCACUCCUGAGGAAGAGGAAGAAAUCAGGAGGGAGAAGUCUUGGGAAUUCUAGUGAAUUUGAGUCUGCUAGGCAUCCAUAUCUGAUGAUAUAUCUGCAAUAUACUUCAGUAGAUGCUAUGAAUAACUUACAUUAGUAAGUGUGUGACUGUUGUUUUUCGGACCUUCUAGCUUUGUUAGUUGAACCUCUUUUGCUAUGUCAUGCCAUGGUUUCUUGUGUUGUUAGAAAAAAUUGAAGAUAAAAUCAUGUUGCUAGCUGAUGUCCAUUUUCAUUGAUCUAUUAUUGGUAAACCAUAUUGUUUCUUGUGUUUA